UAGAUCUCGAUUUGAAAGACUCAUUUCUAGAAGAUAAGAUUGGAGUCGUCGUUUUCGUGUUUCGUGUUGAAUUUACAGUUUUUGCUUCUGAGGAACAGUUUCAGCUAGUAGAAGAAGCCACUAGAACCUGUUCAGGCCCCAGAAGUUUGGGAAAGGAUGUGUAUUCGUGGAGUCAUCCGGUUUGCACUGUCCUGACCAUUCUGUUACGAGUGGGCUGGUGCGGUAGACAUAGGUCAGCAGGAUCUCCGGGUUUGCUUUUGGGUUUUUUUGGUGAGGAUUGUUGAACAGAAAAAUUCUCUUUCUUUUCUCUUCCCCCUUUCUCCCUUCCCGCCCCGCUCUCUUUUUCUCUCGACUAUUCUGCGUUAUUCUCUCUCUUUGAUUGCAUCACAUACUCAUUGUGGUCGCCUUCCUGUUUGGUUAGCUGUGCUGAUAGACCCCUCCAGCUUGCAUUUUAUUCUCGAGCUCGGAGUUAUCCAGCCUUGUCCCUGCCGCACUUCCUCUUGGAGAAGCAGCAGUGAAUGGCCAGCAAGUAUUUUUGUUUUUCCACCUCCCACCUGGUUAUUUCUUAGAUCAGACCAUACAAAGUUAAAGAAGAGAUCUCGAUGGUUUCCAGAUGGCCUGAAAAACUAGCAAACAUUUUCAAGAUCUUUAAUGCAAACAUUAAUCCUUUAGUAAUAGGAAAUAACUGGUUUAGAAGACUCAGUUGCAGAGGGAGAAGCAUUCCUCCUUACUGGAUAAAAACAGCAGAAGGGGCCAAAUGAGGACGCCCCAGACACCAUACAGGGGCCGUGCCAGCAAAAGUUACAAUUUUACUGAUCUAAGAAAUUGGAUAUUGGGUUUUUUUCCUCUUUGGUUUAAGACAAGUGUUAAUUCGAAACUGAGUUUGCAAACCAGGAUCCCAAAGGCUGAAACUAGUCCUUGACUGUGAUCCUUAGUUUUUAAGAGAAUUUAAGUUAGUUGCCAGUGGUUAUAAAUGGAAAUAGUUCACAUAAAACUCCUCUGGAAAAGCUGCGUGAUGGCUCUUUUUGGUCAGGGCAGGUGCUCAUCAUUCCUCACCUGCCAGCUUGACUCAUUGCAGUUACCUGCCUGGUCUCCUUAGGUGUUCAGGUUGCACCCUUUGGCCUGAACGUCAGGCUCUGCUUGCACAUGCAUAUGUCGUGUGUCAGCCAGGAAUGGGGCGUCUGGUUUUGUGGUUUGGGGGGCACCAUCUGUCAUCCUUCCAGAUAACCGGGAGUGGCUGGGGGUACCCCUUUGUUUGCCUCUGCCGUGAGGCCCUAGCUGGGCUCUUUUGGAGGAGUGUUUGCCUGGGCUGUUUCCCAGAGAUCCUCCACGCUGAGUAGGGGAUGGAAACCUAGCCUGGGCACACCUCCUUUCCUGCUCAGUGGGUGGGAAGACUUCCGGGUGGGGCAGGCUGGAUUAAUUGAUUGCCCACACCAUAGAUUGAGGCCCAAGCAUACCUAGUGGCUCCUGUGACCGAAGUAGGCUGAUUAUGGUGUUCUGAAAUGACUUUGUUCCAUGGCAUGUUUGUGCUGACUCAGAUUUCAGCUCCACGCUGUAAGACCACUUUCCCGAGUUGCUGCACACACUUGGUUGCAAUCUGCUUUAUGCUGACACCCAAGGAAACGUCGUCUAAUUUGGGGCAUUGGCUGGAGCAGAGCAACGCUCUGGGCAGACUUUCCAGAUUUCCCUGUGGCUGCAAACUCUGAAGCCUGCAUUGUAUUUGAAGGCCCUGCUUGGUGCCAGACCUUCCGCAGGAGUUACUGUUGUCAGCUGUGUGUUAAUGAUGGUCCGGUUUAGAAUACAUAGUGUGUGAAUUCUUGCUUUACCUGGUUCUUGAGUCUAGAGCUGUGUUAAUUCAGUGUCCACUAGUCACUUGCAGCAAUUAAAUUUAAAUUAAUUAAAAUUAAAUAAAGUGAAAAAUUCAGCUCCUCAGUCACACUAUUUACAUUUCAAGUGCUUGGUAGCAACACAUGGCUCGUGGCUAAUAUAUUGCACAGCGCAGAUAGAGAACAGAAAGGUCAGCGCUGGUCUAGACCAAAAUAGGAGAGGGGUGGAAAUAGCAAAAUGAGAGCUGCUUGCACGCUGAGUUUUCUCUUCAGUCCACUAGAUCUAGGGAACCCACAGUGUUUGUAAUGAAGAACAUCAGACCCUGAGCUGUAACCUGAAUUCUUGUCCAAAACUCCGCACACUGGCAGCAAGCACAGCAAACAGAUUGCCACUUGUCCUGUCGGCCUCUUUGAGACAAACUUGCCCGUCUGGGAAGGCGCGGUGCAGGUAUCUGUGUGUUCUGCCGCUUGGUGCCAACCUGGGCCAGCUCACAGAGUCGCCGCUCUGUCCCAUGUGGGCUGCCUGUCCUCCUCCUGAAGGGCCCCCGAGUGUCCCUAGUUCUCUGUGACUGUUGAAUGUGAGUGCAGCCCGUGAGGAUGCAUGGGAUCUGAUUCUGAUCACGAUGUGAGGCAGCAGCACUGUUUAAAGGCCUGGAGUGUUCAGAGGGCCGGGCUCUGGCUUUAGGGUGAAACCACUUUUUGUGGCCUUUCCCCUCCCCGGCUUAUGCGGGUGUCUGCUCCAGCAUCUCUAGGCAGCCAGUUCUGUGGGGUUACUUCCACAUCUUCUGUGCUACGCUUUAUUCCCGGGGACUGGGCCGUCCUCUUUGACAGCUUUGCUGUAAUCUUUGAAUUGGAUGGAUGUGGUUCUGGCUGGCUGGUGGAGGGUUUAGUUCCCAGAACAGGUGGACCACGAGCCACGUGGGCAGGUGGCUGACAUUCCCAGGGCGAUGUUCCCCUCAUUCUGACCUGGUCGUUUCCUUUAGAGCUGAGGGCCUCCAGGGGAUUUGGAUGUUUUCUUUCUCUUGAGUUUCUUUCCUCCUGGUCUGUAUGAGUCGUGCCAGUGCAGCAUCUGCACCCAGGUCCGCGGGUGUGCAGGCCUGAGGGUGUGGGUCCCGCUCAGCUGGCUGCCAGAAGGUUCUGAUCCUGGAAGUUGGAUGUUGUGGGUUAGGGUCUGCUGGGGUUCGUCCUCUGGGGUGAAUCUCCAUUUUCCUUGAUUCGUUCAAGCCGUCGGGGUUCCAAUGGCAGUAACUCGUGCCUCUAUAGUUCAGUCCUUCAGGCCUGACUUUCUGAAGGAAGGAGGGUGGUCUUGUGUCCUGAACCGGGCCUCUCUGCACUGCCUCCUGGGCAGUCUCGGCCAUUCUGCUCAGGGCUGUCCACUAGGGCAGCCAUUGGUCACUUGCGGCUGUCAAGCAUUGGAAAUGUGGCUGGUGUGUCUGAGGAACUGAAUUUUUUUUUUUUUUUGGCUGUGUUGGGUCCUCGUUUCUGUGCGAGGACUUUCUCUAGUUGUGGCACGCGAGGGCUACUCUUCUUCGCGGUGCGGUGCGCGGGCCUCUCACUGUCGCGGCCUCCCUCGUUGCGGAGCACAAGCUCCAGACGCGCAGGCUCAGUAGUUGUGGCGCACCAGCCUAGUUGCUCCGCGGCAUGUGGGAUCUUCCCGGACCAGGGCUUGAACCCGUGUCCCCUGCAUUGGCAGGCGGACUCUCAACCACUGCGCCCCCAGGGAAGCCCAGGAACUGGAUUUUCAAUUUCACUCCAUUUUACUUAAGUUUAAACAGUGCUCGGGCCUUGCGCUGGGUGGCGCCUUGCAGCUGUCACCUUGUGUGCGUGCCCGGCCCAGCCCAUCUCACCCCGUCUGCACUCUGCGAGCUGGGGCCUUUGCAUCGUUUGACACGACGGAAGCUGGCUCAGAGCAGCAAGGGGGUUUGUCCUUGGACACAAAGCCAGUGAGUGACUGAGAGGAACUCUUGGUGCGCCGUGGUCUUGUCCCCAAAGCAGAGCUGCCCGGUCCCUGGAGCACCACGGGGAGCCUGUUCCCUGGCACGUGGCUUCCUCUGAAACAAUGAGAACGUCAGGUGCCAGUUUGGAAACGUCCUCAGUAUUUGGAGCUACAAGCCUGUGCCUUUCAGUCCUAACUGGCCUUUGAAUCCACAGCAUAGGAGUUUACUGCUUUCCUUGGCUCCCAAGGAAGUGAUUUGGGGUUUGCCAGAAGUGGGUUUCCCUAGACCAGGGAUGCAGGGGUGGCACCAGGCAGCAUGUCACAGCUGGUCACGUGACCCUGUGCUUAUUGGGUGGAAAGCAACCUGAUGCAUGGACCGAGUUUACUUUUCAGCCACAGGUGCUCUUAAUUACUGUUAAUUGUUUUUCGUCUCCUGUCAGUCCUUUCAGAGGUACUUCCUCUAAGUCUGUUGGGAACCUGUCACAUUCAGGCCCAGGGUGGGGUGGGGCAGAGCAGACUGCGAUGAAAACAGUCACUGCCCUCAAGGAGCUUGGCAUCACCUCCUCCUCUGUUUGAGCUGAGACUGUGAGCCCAGGGCCGCUCCAGGAAGGGGCCUUAAGGCAGGUGUUUGGGUCGGUUCUUCUGGUUCCAGCAUGACCAGAAAAGGUGGUGGGUUGCAGGGCCAGUGCCCACUGGAGCAGGAGGGGGGCCCCCUCUCCUCGGCUGGGAGGGCCUGCCCUGUCUGGUCUCUACCCCAAGGGAUACAGAGCUAUUGGACAGGAUUUUUCUUUUUAUGAAAAAAUUUAUAAUUAAUUUUCCCAUUACAAAAGAAACACGUUUUUUCCUUUUGAAAAAUACAGAAAACUAAAAUUUAAAAGUUACCUGUUGGGCCACCAUCCAGAGAAACCAUUAUUGGCCUUUUUUUAUGCAGAGCAUCUUUGAUGCUUCCCACCAGAUACUUUGUCUUGGAAUUUUAAAAAUUAUAUGUUAAAUCCAUCAAAAGUAUGUCUUUACCAUAUGAAAAGUUAUAAACUUGCUACCAUAUGUACGACCUUGGGAACACGAGGCUAAAUGAAGGAAUCGGCUCCAAAGCCCACGUGCCACGUGAUGCGUUCCUGCAGAACGCCCAGAAGAGGCAGAUCCACAGUCAGGAAGUAGGUUGGUGAUCGCCAUGGACGGAGGUCAGGGGAGAAUGGGGAGUGACGGGUUACUUUUUGAGGUGAGGAAGAUGUUCUAAAAUGGAUCGUGGUGUUGGUUGCACAACUCAGUGAAAAGUGUCGAGCCAGUGACUUGUGCAGUUUAAAUGGGUGAAUCUAUCACAAUUAAGCUGUCAUUUAGGAAGCACAAGUCAAAACUACCCUGAGAUGCCACCUCAUACCACUAGGAUAGCUACUAUGGAAAAAACAAAAGUGUUGGCCAGGAUAUGGAGAAAAGGGAACCCUUGUGCAGUGUUGGUGGGAAUGUACAUUAGUACAGCCACUGUGGGAAAGUGUGGAGGUUCCUCAAAAAAUUAAAAAUAGAACUACCACAUGAUCCAGCAAUCCCACUUCUAGGUAUGUAUCCAAAAUAAUUAAAAGCAGGGACUAAAACAGAUAUUUUUACACCCGUGUUCACAGCAGCAUCGUUCACAAUAGCUAGAAGGUGGAAGCAACCUACCGACGGAUGGAUGGAUAACGAAACGUGGUCUAUACACACAGGGAAUAUUACUCAGCGUUAAAAAGGAAGGAAAUUGACACUUGCUACAACGUGGAUGAACCCUGAGGACAUUAUGCUAAGUGAAAGAAGAUGCUGUGUGACUCCACUUACAUGAGGUCCCUCGCUGAGCAGCCGAAUUCAUAGAGACAGAAUGUAGAAGGGGGGGUGGGUGGGAGUUGUGGUUUAAUGGGGACAGAGUUUUAGUUUGUAAGACGAAAAAGUUCUGGAGAUUGGUUGCCCAACAGCGUCUAAGUGUACUUAACCUUACUGAACUGGACACAUAACACAAAAUUUACAGAUAGUAAAUUUUGUGUUAUGAGUAUUUUACCAUAAUUUAGAAAACAAUUAAUAAACCAAGUGCUAGCAUCUCCCUGGCCCACACUUCCCUCCCGAGCGCAGGCAGCAGCCACCUUCCUCCUGAGUCCUCCAUCGUCUCCGUGACAGCACGUGCUUGGUUCUGCAUGCUCCUGAGCCGUGUGUGUGAGUGUGAGUGUGUGUGUGAGAGAGAGAGAGAGAGAGAGAGGGAGGCGUUCACGGGUGUGGUGCACCCACUUCCCCCUCAGCGUCGGGAGGGACUGGGCGGCUGUGCCUCCACGGCUUUCCCUCCCUAGGCUGAGUCACGGUCUCUUUCUCUCUGCUCUCGAGUCUUCUGCUCUCACCAGGAGUGCUGCUUUGGACAUUCUUGUGCACCCCUGACUUUUGGAGCUGUCUCCCGACUUUGUGGGUCCCAUGUCUGAGGCUCCUGUAAUCCCAGGUUCCUUCAAGACUGGCUUCGAGAUGGCGUGGGAUCCCUUGGGCCGGAUUCUGUGCUGGCAAAAUGAGGGUGAGCCUGUCGGCCACAGACUGUUACAUUGUGCAUGAGAUCUACAACGGGGAGAACGCCCAAGACCAGUUUGAGUACGAGCUGGAGCAGGCCCUGGAAGCCCAGUACAAGUACAUCGUGAUCGAGCCCACACGCAUCGGUGACGAGACAGCCCGCUGGAUCACUGUGGGCAACUGCCUACACAAGACCACCGUGCUGGCGGGCACCGCCUGCCUCUUCACCCCGCUGGCGCUGCCCCUGGAGUACUCCCACUACAUCUCCCUGCCUGCGGGCGUGCUGAGCCUGGCAUGCUGCACCCUCUACGGCAUCUCCUGGCAGUUCGACCCCUGCUGUAAGUACCAGGUGGAGUACGACGCCUACAAACUGUCCCGACUGCCCCUGCACACACUCACCUCCUCCACCCCGGUGGUGCUGGUCCGGAAGGACGACUUGCACAGAAAGAGACUGCACAACACGAUAGCACUGGCGGCGCUGGUGUACUGUGUAAGGAAGAUUUACGAGCUCUGCGCCGUAUGAUCGGGGCAGCGUACAGGGAGCAGGCAGCCCGGCCCGCGAGGUGGCAGAAGGAGCCCGGGAAGGCGUCUGGCUGCACGCUGGUUAUUUUAAAGAAAUAACAGAUCACAAGUGUACCAGGGGUUUUUUCAGCUCAUCACACUAAGAUGUGGAUUCCCGUAACCCACGGGGGCCUGAGGUUGUGGAAGGCCGACCAGGCAGCAGGAUGUGAUGGAAGCAACGCUACUGAGGGGAUGUGAACGCGCUUGGGGGGUCGUUAAGUAUGUUGUUUAACUGUACCAUCCAGAGCCAACCAGAAGCUAUUGACCAUUAAAAUUAUAAGAAUUUCAA